GGAAGAGGUAGUAGACAGCGAGGACUGGCCGACCUAAGGAAAGUUGGACUUGCUGAUGUAACCGUCGGGUGGUGUGUCUGAUGGCUUGCAGUGAUAUAAAUAAGUCCAACCUUGCUGGUGACUGCUGUGAUGGUGAGGACUCCAGGUGUGCAGCAGCAAUGGAGAAAGGGAGGGACUCAUAUCUCAGCCCAACAGAAAACCCCUCCACCAUCAGUGUAUCCUCUAGUAUCCCACCAGACCAGCAAGGCUAUGAUGUGGAGUUUGAUCCUCCUCUAGAGAGCAAGUAUGAAUGUCCUAUCUGUCUGAUGGGUCUCAGGUCAGCAGUGCAGACACCAUGUGGACAUCGGUUUUGCAACUCGUGCAUCAAGAAGUCUAUCAGGGAUACAGGGCAGAAAUGUCCAGUUGACAAUGAGGUGCUGCUAGAGGAACAACUCUUUCUUGAUAACUUUGCAAAUCGAGAGAUUCUGUCACUCACUGUCCGGUGCCCUAAUGUAGGGUGCACUGAUAAAUUGGAGUUACGGCAUUUGCAGAAACACUUGUGUAAGUUUGCCACGGUGCCAUGCCCUCAGUGUCAGGAGUUUGUUCGGAAGAGCCAUCUGGAUGAACACAAGAUCCAGCAAUGCUUACAGCGACUCAUGACCUGCCCUGACUGUGCAGGGAACUUUGUAUAUGCUGACAAACAGAUUCAUGAACAGACAUGUCCUUUUGCCAAUACAGUGUGUAACUAUUGUGAAAUGGAGCUUAUUCGGGAUCAGUUGGCGUUGCACUGUGACACAGAUUGUCUCAAAGCUCCUGUAGCCUGUACUUUCAGCACUUUUGGUUGUUGUGAAAAGAUGCCGAGAAAUGAACUGGCACAACACAUGCAGGAAUUCACACAGAUGCAUAUGCGUUACAUGGCCGAGUUUCUGCGCAGCCAGACUCUGAAUAGAUGCCUAACAUCGUCAGUUGCUGGCAGCUCCUCGUCAGAUGAACGUGGCGCGUCCUCCAGAAUGGUAGAACCUUGCAACUGCAACCAGGAGCUAAUGAACCUGCGGGAGACGGUCUUGGAGCUGGAAGGCCGGCUGGUGCGUCAAGAUCAACAGAUCCGCGAACUGUGUAUUCACAACGAGACGCAGAAAACCCAGCUCACAGAGCUACGUCGUAAGCUGAGCUCACUGGAGGAGGCCACCCGAGAGUUGGAAGCCCAGCAGUACCAAGGCAUCUACGUGUGGCGGUUGGAGAACUUUUCGGCCCACCUGCGCAACCAGGAAGCUGGUCAACCUGUAGUCCUCCACAGUCCACCUUUCUACACUGGCCGGCCGGGGUACAAACUCUGCCUUCGGCUACACCUGCAAACCCCCAGCGCCCCCCGCUGCUCCAAUUAUAUCUCACUUUUCGUGCACACUAUGCAGGGUGAGUUUGACAGCCAGCUUUCCUGGCCCUUCCAGGGCACGAUCCGGCUGGCAGUGUUGGACCAGGUCGAGGGGCAGCACCAUGUGGAAGUGAUGGAGACCAAGCCUGACCUGCAGGCCUUCCAAAGGCCCACCAUGCAGCGCAACCCCAAGGGGUUUGGCUACGUCACUUUCCUGCACCUACAGGUGUUGCGGCAGCGUGGCUUUGUGAAAGAGGACGUACUCCUAGUGCGCUGUGAGGUUACACCACGGUUCGACGCCAGCCUCAGGAGAGAGGGCGUGCAACCUCGGGGCCCAGAACCCUCACUUUAAUUUCCUUCACUGUCCUCCUGCAUUUUUAAGUUCUCAUACACAAACACACUGCCAAACUUUCUUAGACUUUGUUGUACACCAGGCUUAGGAAUUAACUCUCGCAUGUCCCUUGUGAAGUGUUUGAUAUAGAUGUUUCUUAAAAGCAUUUCAAUGUAAUUCAAUCAAUGGACAACCACCUGUGUAAUUAGCUAAAUCACUGAAUGGCUUAAAAACUAAGCUAAAGGAUAUAGGAGCAUUAAUGGUGCUGCUUUUGCUAAGUGUUAUCUUCCAUUUCAUUUCACAAUACUACAAUAAACUGCAAAUCUCAUCUGAUCCAGAAACUCAAGAGUAGAUCUUGUUAUUUGAAUGAGACUCAAAUAAAAUAAAUACAACUUUUUGCUGUAAUUUAUACUGGAAAGACCAAUGUUAAACAUAAGGACAGAUCAGCACAGCACAGUACUACAAUUCUUCUAAAUCUAGUGCAUCGUGUUCUUUGAACAAUGUUAAAAUUAAUUUAGUCUUGACACCAAUGUUCAAUUUCACUGCAAGUUUUUUGAACCAAGACAUGGUUUCAUGGUUGGAUAACAUCAAUAGGAAUGCAUAUCCUUUUUUUUUUUUUUUUAUCAGACGUAAUAAUGUAUUUAAGGUAAUCUUGCAUAUGUUUGUUGACACUGGAAAUCUGACAAAAUCCUUUUACAGAAAAAUUUUUUUAUCCUCCACUGGACAUUGCUCUUACAUGUGUUUGUAUUUCAAUUUAUAAGUUAUUGUUAUGAAUGAUUGUCAGAUGUUUUUUUGCUUCAUCUGUGACAAAAAAAAAUAUAUAAAAAUAAAAAGCUCAUCCAAAAACUCACAGAAUGUUUGUCAGAGAUGCGUCCUUGUACCAUCAAUAGUCUCGCAGAUAUCGGCCAUACCAGAAUUCACCCUACUUGUAGCAGAAAGAAAUCUGGUAAUUUCACUAAACCAUGACAAGUAAUCCUUAUCUCAGGGUGGUUGGUUUGUGCUCUUGUGUUGCUUUGUUUAGUGCAGCUUUGAAGAAUGUGAGAAACUCAAAUUUGUAAUUGAAUGCAUUGAAAUCUGUAUGGUUUACAUAUUACCCUCUAGGAUUGUUUUGUUUUUGGGUAGUGACUGUACCUUCUGUUGACAAGUUAAAGUAUGUUAAGAUGAUGGCUGACAAUUAAAAAUGUUUU